AUUGCAUAACCCAUAUGUAUGUUGUGAGCCCUGCCCUAUAUUGAGUUGCUCUCAAAGCUUGCCACGAACGAAAUGAAUUUUAAAACUUCCAUUUGGGGAAAUUCAAUUCCGACUCGGCUCGCAAAAACCCAAGUCACAGCUUCCAAGAAGCCCAUUCGAGCUUUCAGUUCACAGAGUUCCAUUGCAAUCUUUCAAUUUGCUGCCCUAGACGAACACAGGAUGGAUUUUCUCAAAAGUGCCAUUGAAGCUGAGAUUUCAAAAAAGCGCAAAACGCUUGAUACUGUAGCUUCCGGUAGUGGAUCUGACAAGAAGAAAAAGUAUGUCAGUCGAGCCGAACUUGAACGAUUGCGGGAAGAAGAGUAUAAACGACAAGAAGCAGAAAGAGAAGCCAAGGAAAGAGAGAGAAAAGAACGACUGCGAAAGGAACAAGAAGCCAAGGAAGAAGCAGAAAAGAGAAAACCGGCUCAAUCGACUGAUAAAGAACAAGAAGCCAAGAAAGUAUGUCGUUGCAGUUUGAUUCUUAUGUUCUCAUGGCCUUUUUUUCUUAUUUCCAUCGGCCAUUGUUUGUAGGAGGUUGAAAUUGAAGCUUUCAAUAUAUCUCGAGAAGAGGUGGUUCGACGAUUACGUGCCAAGGGUCAACCUAUCCGUUUAUUCGCAGAAACAGACAAACAAUGUAAAAUUCGUCUGCGUGCUUUGGAAUUGAUGGAAGAACACUCAGAGGAAAUUGGUCAACGCAACGAUUUCAUGCGUCAACUGGAAGAGAUGGAAGAAGGCAUGAAAAUCGAUGCUUUAAAGCAGAAAGCUGGUGCGGUCGAUGAAAAGAAAUUAAGCAAGCGAGCACGAAAGGCGGAAAUGGUCGUUGUACCGAUUGAUAUGGAAUUAAUACGGAAAGAUCGUGAUCAAUUGUAUAUGCAGAUUUACACUUAUUUAGUGGUAAGUAAAAGAGGAAAAUGUACCUUUUUUGGUC